AUGGCAUUGGUCUGUCAACUGCUCAGCUUGUUGACCGAGGCUCACCUUGUGGCCUGUGAUUUCACCUCCACCGCGGCAAUCGCGCAGCUAAACCCUGCGACAGACGCCUUCUUCGGCCCCGGAACUCAGGUGGACCUGAUCUUCGUCAACGCCGGAUACGCGGCGCUGGAACCAUUCAACGCAGUCACGGAAGACUCUUUCCGACGAAGCUUUGACACAAACGUCUUUGGCCCCUUCUUUGCUGCGCAAAAGCUGACGCCAAUUCUGAAUGAUGGUGGCGCUUUGGUCUUCACGACCUCCGUGGCAAACCAAGUCGGUAUACCGGGCAUGGCCACCUAUGUGACCGCAAAGGCUGCAGUGCAAUCCCUGGUACAAACACUGGCAGCCGAGCUGAUGGGACGCCGCAUUCGCGUGAACGCUGUGUCCCCGGUGUUUGUCCGCACGCCGACUAUGGGCGUAGCUAACGCGUCCGCCGACGAUCGGACAACUUUUAAGGGCGAGGAGGUCAAGGCGACCCCGCUGGGACGCAUUUGGGACCCGGAGGAAAUUGCCCGUGCCGUCGUCUUCUUGGGCUUCGAAGCCACCUUCACGACGGGCUCACAGUUGGUUUUGAAUGGCGGUUUAGCGUCACUGCAGGUGCAUUGA